AAAUAAUAAUACAGUAACCCACAAAAAUAAAAGGCAAUAUCCGCGCCGAACCCGAAAUAUCCCCCGCGCUCAAAAUCCUAAUUCAAAGAUUUCACAGUUACUAUCGAAGAAUCUGAACAAUCCAAUUAUGUAAAGUGUUCUAUAUCUGUAUAUCAUGCCACUUCCGGUGCCGGUGAACGUUCUCUCCGACGACGAAGAAGACGCCGCCAACCGCCUCGUCGCCGGAAAUAAUGACCCUAAAUCUCCAGUCCCGCAUUUCCGCGAUGAACCCAUUUGCAUCGACCUCUGCACGCCGUACUCAAGUUCGUCCAAAAGGAGGAAGAAGAAGCCACGUUUGUCAGACCCUGCCAGUUCAAAACCUAGCUCCGGUAGUACUGAUUUUCCACUUCUCGUUAUCGACGACGACGAUGCGACGUCGUAUACGCCCUCAACGGAGACGCCGUCUCCGCCCCCGCUUUCGACUCGUAUCGUCUCGGUUGCCAAAUGCUCCGGUAGUUCUCUUGGUGUUAGCCCGACACCAUCUGUUGUUGAAGAGACACCAUUAUCAGAAAUGUCCAAACAUGUUCCAAUAAUCAGAAGUAACCGCCCCGUUCCUGACUUACAACCAUUAAUAUCCGAUCAUUUGUCUCCAGGUGUCAGCUUGACACCAUCUGUUGUCGAAGAGACGCCAUUAUCAGAGAUGACAAACCUGGAAGUUCCAAACAUCAUAUGUAACCGUUCCGUUCCCACUUUCCAACCAUUACUACCUGGUCAUUUGUCUCCAGAUAGAUUGAUAAAUCUGGUAUCUGACAGUGAGUCCGACAAAGGAUCGCAGGGUCACAAAUCUGAUGAAGGAGCACUCUUUACAUCUCAUGCCUCAAAAGGAUUGGUAUAUAACUCCAAAUUUGUUGAGUCUACAUUGUCUUUUGGUGAGAAUGAUCAAAGGAACAUUCCUGAAACUUCUUCUCUUUCGAGUUCAUUGGAACAUCAUUCAUCUCAGGUAUAUGCUUCUUCAAAUGUUGAAUGUGACUUAUCGUUUCACAGGGAUAAAGUCUCUGAUCUAGAAUGUAAACGGAAAGAGAAAGUGUUUUCAGAAAAAGGUAUAGAUGAUCCAGUGGUAAAGGAGAGGAUGUCAAAGGAAGAAAGACUUCGAAUGAAAGAGGAAAAGAAGUUACAAAGAGAACAAGAGAAGUUGAGAAAAGCAGCUGAGAAAGCUGAAGCUGCAGAGGUGAGGAAACUACAAAAAGAAAAGCAGAAGUGGGAAAAAGGAAAGUUUGCCCAGAAAUCCAUUGUGGCUCAUAUUGAUAAUAAAGUAGUUGAAAUGGGAUCUGUUGGAGGUCAUUUGUUAACAAGGUUUGGGGAAAAGGGCCUGUCAUUCCGAGUGGCUUCAAAUCCAAUUGCAAGUUCUAUCAUAUGGUCUAUGAAUAUUCCAGAAGAAUUAUCACAGAUCUCUUCCGAGCGAAAUGUAAUACUGUAUGUGUUAUUGAUAUAUGGGGCUGAAGAGUUCUGCAACAUUAUCACAAGUGGAGCACUUUCUGGACUAGUUUCUGAGGUUCAACAUCAAUAUCCCAACCAUACAAUUUGUUUUCUAGUGAACAGGCUGAUGGCCUAUGUCAACAAAAGGGAACAAAGUCAGUAUAAGAAUCCUGGCAAAGAUGAUGGUUGGGCGCGCCCGCCAAUAGAGGAGAUCAUAGCAAAAUUAGCCACUCAUUAUGUUGGGGUGCAUUCUAGGCUCUGUACUGAUGAAGCUGAAUUAGCUGAACAUGUUGUCAGCUUGACGCAGAGCCUUGCUUCUUGCCAAUAUAGAAAGAAGCUGACGCCAUUAUCUGUGAAUGCAAAUGGCUCACUUGUACCAAGGGACUGUGCAGAUCGAGAUCUCAUAAAGAAGGAUAUCUGGUUGGUUUUUUUGAACUACUUACUAAAGUAUAAUGCAAGUUUGAAAGUUAGCACGUGAUUAUGAAGUUUGCCUUUACUUGUAUCCUAUUCUGCAAUUUCUUAUGAAUUUUUAAGUGUGUUACAGGUUUUUGUUUUUUUUUUUUUUUGGAGAAAAAGUGUGUUACAGUUUUACUUGGCUGGUUAGAUUGUGAGUAGUUUACAAAGAAAGUUUGCGUUUUAUUUGUAUUCUAUUCUGUAUUUUUUUUUUAUCGUAAGCAAAUCUGGCUUGUUUGAUGAAGUAGUUCUUGAUCAUUAGAAUUAACAUUGCACCCAUAUUUUGACUACAGAACAGGAUCUAUUUCAUUUACUGGACAGACAUUGGCUUUGUUUAAGUAUCUUCCAUUCAGUUUAUUAAUGUACCACUAGUUCACCUGAAUUCAGUAUAUGUACAGAGGAACAAAAUACAAAGGAAAAUGGAAUUUUAAUUUAUCUUGUAUUGUUCCCAUGAAAAUGUUCUUUUCCAUUGAAGGUGAUACUCUGAUACUUAGAGAAUGGAAUAGUAACGAGUAUAUCCUUCAAUUUUAUGCAAUUCUGAACUUUGGAUCUUUAGUUUAGGUUGAUCAUCUUAAGGAUUUCUACUUUCUUGCCUUUCAGUUGCUUUUCCUCUCUCUCUCUCUCUCUCUCUCUCUCUCUCUCUCUCUCUCUCUCUCUUUUUUGUUUUCUUUUCCAUUGCAACAUUACUCUUUCACCAGAACCAUAUCUAUGUUAUGUUUUGUGAAGCUGGUCGUGCCUUUUUCUCCCCUUUUGCAAACUUGCUUGAAAAAAAUCAACCAUUUUGUGAUUACAUACCAAGAACCUCGAGAGAGUUAUUGGAUCACUCUCUUCAGUCUAGUUUUUGGCCUCUCUAAUUGAAUGAGUGUAAUUACCAACUUAACCGAUUGUAUGAGAAGCUUUUGUGUAAAAAUUAUAAAUCAAAUCUUUCUUAAUGUUGGUAUCUCAUGUUUUCUUUAUUUUUGUGAUCCCAUUGCCUAUAGACAUAAUCUCAUUAUCAGCGUGAUAAAAGUUACGUCACUGAAAGAUGGUUGAAUGUAAAAAGUCAUGAUGAAGAAAAAAAGUUCAUCGUGGGGCAUUUCCUGUUCUCGGCUUGUUAACGGGAUCAAGUUUAUUGGGUUAAUGACACUUUGACACUUCCACUUCACUAGCCUAUACACUUUGCACUGUCAACAACACAACACCCUCCAUGACGCUUUCAUCCCACUAUUUUGGUGAGCUGUAUGGAUUUUAUCUUAUCAUUAUGUUAUGUGGAAAUGCAUUUGUGUUAGGCUUAAACUACUUUGUUUUUCUUAUUUUUUUCAAAUCUUAGUAUCUUCUGUGUCUCACCCUUUCUACACUUUAGUAACUCUGCUAUGUGUCCUCAUUAUCGGUCAAACUACGAAUAAAGUACUUCUUAUGAUUGCUUUUCCAGUAAAUAAAGAGUAAUUUCAGUGCUUGUAAACAUUACUUUUGUGAUAUGUAUGAUGUUACUUAUUACGUGACAUCUUGUCCGGGCACAACUGGGGGUAAAUACUUUAAAAUAUUUAUAUUAUCUAUAUUUAGAGAAAUCGGAAGGCAGCUGUAGCAUCUAAGUGUUAGUUGCCUGAAAGUAUGACAGGGGAAGCCUUAUUAAGAUUGCUUGGAAUCAGACCAGAGAAAGAUGUGAAAUUUAGUGGAUCGAUGCCCAGUGUGUCAUGAUUUGUUUAAGUUUUUAUUUCCUCCACUGAGAAUGGUGGAUAGUCGGGAAUGUUUGAAUUUAAUGAAGCAUGCCCCAGUUUCAUUGUUGCUAUAUUGAUAAAAAGAAAACCUGAAGACUACCUUUCACCUGUCUUGCAGCUAUAGAUGCUUUUAAUAUGGAAAUGGUUAUUAUGACGUUUGUAAUACAAAUUUUUCUGCUUGACAAUCUCUGUUAUUUUGCUGCAUAACUAAAAUUGGCUGUUUGCAUUCAUGCCUUUGAGUUCAGGUUGAAAGCGCUGAUAGCAAUUCCAAAGGUACAACCACGAUUUGCCAUUGCCAUAUCGAAGAAGUAUCCUACAAUGAGAUCUCUUCUGAAUGUUUACAUGGAUCCAAGUAAAUCAGUGAGUACAGAAGCCAUCUCUUUUUAUCUUAUGAAAUUGCCACCUACAUACGUUGUGCCUUUUCUGAAGUUUCCAUGCUGAAGUCAUGCCUUUUAAAAUUAUGUAUUAGACUACAUCAUGACUUUUUGGUUGAGACAAAUCGGAGUUACUGAUUGAAGUAUGAUGUAAAGUAAACGUUGUAGUAUAUACUUAGUGUCUUCGGUCAAGUUAUGCUCCUCUUAUCUGUAGUUAAGCUCCUUGCAAACUUUUAAAGUUGUUUGUCUGUUGAAGAUUGAUACAGAAUGAUAUGUGGAGAACUAGGAUACUUCAUCCUGGCAUACUAAUUGCUACUCUCACUGCUUUGGACAAAACUCAUGAAGCCAAUACAGCAUAUUUUAUCGAAUAACCAUAAAAUCACAUAGUUGAGUAUCUUUAAAGAUUUUCCCGUGUCUGUUUAUUGUUUCAGUUCUUCAAUCAUUUAGAAAGAUUAACAUUUUGAACUUGAUUAUGAUAUUUUAUGUCUGACACCUGUCUUCCAUCUUUUUCCCUUUUACUAGCCAUUACUUCUGGACUGGUAGCCUUCACUGUUUCAUUAGCCUUUAUCUCUUCUUUUCCUUUGUCAGAUUUGAAGAACCCUGAAUUUGUUUAAACUUUUCACAGGUGCAUGAGAAAGAAUUUCUACUCAAGGAUUUGCCUACGGAAGGCUUGCUUGGGGUUGACAGAAGGUUAGGUGAAGUAUGUUCCAAGAGAGUUUAUAGAAUACUAAUGGCUCAAUGUGGCAAUAUGCUUACUGAUGAUGUGGAGGAUGGAGCUGAUAUCUUCACUCAAAAAACUACUUAAAACAAACGAUUCGACCUUUUUGCUUGUAUAUUAUCUGUAAAUGUUGCAUGCUCAUGUUCCCUUUAUUUAAUGUUGAAAAAGAAAAGUUGUAUGUACUGAUACCAAACAUUAUUAUCAUAUAAUAUCCAUCAACCUUUAAAGUUGAGGGUUUAAUGAUUUUUGAACAUUGUUAAGAGUCAUGAUUAUCGUUAUAAAAGCUUUUUGCCG